AUGCGACAUUUCCUCGACCUCAAUUAUGAUGUUCUCCACUUGAUCGUCACACUACUCUCACGAAACGACAUACUCCGCCUUGCACUGUCGUGCCGCAUGGGCUUUGAUCUGGCGCUUCCGCAAAUUCUCUACCGGGUCAAGCUCCGCAACAUAAGGAUACUUGAUCCAUAUCGGUUGUGUGAUUUUUGUAGUUUCGUUCUGGCAGAUGUCGUUCAGCGAGGCCCUCUCUUGCGGAUAUUGGAGCUUGAUUUGGAAAUGUAUACAGUGCAUCGACGCCUCGACAACCUACGGAUCGGGGAGUAUGUGUUCCCCACGGCUCUCACAAAGAUUUUAGAGCACGCCUCAAAUCUGCGGGAACUGGCUUUUAAGCUUCCAGAAAAGUUGAUUCAAGACCACCCCUCAUUGCUUUCUGCAGCUGUCGCCCUACCUCACCUCGACUCACUCAGAGUCAGUACCUCAGCCUUAGGACAGACGAUUAUCUCCUCUAUGAUCUCUCGCCCACGUAGACUGGCACUUAACUCCCAUCGGACAACCUCCAAUUGUAGUUGGGACACUCUCGUGUCCAGCCUCCUCCAGUCUGGAGUUACAGCGUACGUAGAAAAUCUGCACCUGAUCGGAGACAGGUAUCUCUCUGCAAUGCCGUCUCUGAAAUUCCCGUGGUUGCGCCAUCUCGCAAUUUCUAAGUCACACAUCCCGUUUGGGAGCUCAUUCGAUCUCGCUGUCGCCUGCCCGAAUUUGCACUCAAUCCAUUGGGAGGCGAACUAUAUACAUCGCGAGAGGAACAGUUCAACAACUUUAGACAAAAACAUCGUCAGCAUCACAACGCGGCUGGAGCUGGAUCAUGUCCAUCUCAGACGCUGCGACAUACUUCCCGUGGUUGGUCCAGUUCGUCGUCUCACGCUCACUUCAUUGUACGACCAGUUCGAGACAGAGAAUAUCGCCACUGCUCUCGGACGCGCCGCACCUGUCAUUCUACACGUGAACACUACUGGUAACAACCUUGAUUUAGCGCAGUUACCGGCUGUCGCCCCAUCAAUACGGUUUCUGCGCCUCCAAGUGCAUCCUACUUGGGUUAACUACCGUCCUCCGCUAAGUCUCUGUGAAAUGCCACUUAAGGCGGUCUCCAUCCUUGUGGAAGUACAUUGUCGCGAGAAAUAUGAUUCAAAAGUAGGAUCGCUUCUGGCAGAACAAGCGGCACGCGACAUCCCGUCGGUCGAAUACGUCGAGGUAAAUCUCUGCGCCUACCGUCCGUCUCCAUACUAUGAUCAUCAACGAGACCGCACGGCGUGGCAUCGAGUCACUUCACGUGAGGCAGACAAGUGCACUGUCGAGAAAUUGCCGCAAUGGGAGAGCGACAAGGUAGAAGAUCGACUUCUCGCUAUGACGCGUGUGUAG